AUGCUGCGAACCGUGACAAAACGUAAAAAGCUCCGAACACUACGUCGCCUCCCUAACGAUCACCCCCAACAUUUUUUCGCCCUUGGAGAGUACAAAGUUGCACGAUCUGCCGCUAAGAUUGCCGUUAAAACUACAAAAAGAAAUAGUUGGAGGGAUUUUGUGGAGGAAAUCAAUCCCCAAACUCCAUCCGCCAAAGUUUGGGAUAAAAUCAAAAGCCUGAAUGGCUCCAAUCGCACCAACCGUUUCCAUCUGUUGCUGGGUCAACAAUAUUCCAACAACCCUGCAUUGCUCGCUGAAUCCUUCUGUACACACUUCUCCUCCGUCUCUUCUGCGGAUCCAAAUCCUAACAACGAAAACGCUAUCGACUUUAGUACUGGUUCAAACAUCGAUUACAACUCCGAUUUCACUUUACAAGAACAUGACAUCGCCAUUAGUACGGUAAAAGUACGUUCAGCCGGUGAAGACGAGAUUGGUUAUCCCCUUUUGAAACACCUUCUACUGAUCGGCAAGAUUCUGUUUCUGGAAAUUCUCAACAAUAUCUGGGACGUCGGCGAAAUCCCUACGCAGUGGAAAGAAGGUCUGAUCAUACCAAUUCCCAAACCCCAUCAAGACCUUCACCUCAUUAAUCGUCCCAUCACCCUCUUGGACUGUGCAGGAAAGAUUCUUGAACGCCGGGUUAAAUGCCGUCUAGUCUCCUUUCUUGAGUCCAACAACCUUCUCGACACAAGACAGUUUGGCUUUCGCCCUGGAUGCUCUACCGACGACCACCUUACCACAUUUGAAAAUUUCGUUGCCGACGCCAUCGAUAACAGCCAACACGUGGAGUGCUUAUUUCCAGAGGACGUCAAUGUUCUGGCCUAUGCCGACGACAUAACCCUGAUAUCCGUGUCUCCCUACUCAGUACUAUCCAGAAAGCAACUACAAAUAGCCGUAAACAGGGUAGACAACUGGGCACCUUCCAUGGGUUUCACCUUCGCUUCAGAAAAGUCAAAACUCAUGCAUCUUAGUAGCAGGAAGAAGAAGCUGAACAAACAUCCCCCACUUAUAAUGGGCAAUAAAGUUGGACAAUGGGGAUAA